GACAACGGUACAACUGAGGGCAGAGACGAACAAAAAAAAAAGACCAUGCCAUGGGCCAGCUCGAAUCGCUGCUCUCCUUGAGCUUCGGCAUCGUUUUCGUGACCAGCGUCCCUUCGAGCCUCAAUGCACCUGCAAAAGCCCCACCAUUCUAGCACUACGUAGUAUGUGCAUGUUCACCAGCCAGUCACCCUGCCUUCUGGUCGUCCUCUUCUCCGGUAACCCCGAUAUCAUCGGAGUCGGCUCGGCGUCGACAAACUCGUCUCUAGCACAUUCCCCGAGCAAGAAACCACCCACUUCACCAGCUCCAGCUCCAACAAACAACAAACACCCCACGUGUGCGCCUCCCGCGCGAUCGCCCAACCCGCCCGCACAGGCCAUUCGCCGCACACAGACCAUCGCCGCCAACGCCGAUUUUCUGGAAGCAGCUCCAUACCUUCCAACACCCCAAUCGCGUCGCAUCGCACCGCACACGCGCCGCGCCUACAACGAUGCCGAUCACCAUCCUCGCGCCCGCGCCUCCCGCGCCCACCUACCCUCGCGCCGCCGGCUCCGAAGAUGAAGACGAGGCAUUCGACUCGGAGGGUGACGUCGACAUGGAAGCUACCUCGCGCGCCUCCAAGCGGCCGCGCAGAUCGCAAAAAAGCAUUGUCACGCCCGGUGAGAUGGUGACCGACGACCCGCAGUGGAUGAGAGGCCACGGCACGUACGUCCCCGAAGGAGGCACCGAGAUCCUGUCAACAGUAGCGGGCACCGUCAUGAAGACCAACAAGCUCCUCUCCAUCACGCCGCUGCGCGCGCGGUACAACCCUGAGAUCGGCGACCUGAUAGUCGGGCGCAUCGUGGAAGUGCAGUCGCGCCGCUGGAAAGUCGACCUUUCGGCCCCGCUGCUCGCCAGUCUCCCCCUCUCCGCAAUCAACCUCCCAGGUGGCAUCCUGCGCAAGCGUACCGCCGUCGACGAACUCAACAUCCGCACCUUCUUCACCGAGGGCGACCUCCUCGUCGCCGAGGUACAGAGUCUUUUCCAGGACGGCAGCUGCGCCCUGCAUACCCGCAGCUUGAAGUACGGCAAGCUGCGCAAUGGGUACUUUCUCUCUGUGACGGGGACUGGGGGCGGCGGUGGAGGCAGACGGGGCGGCGUGGCCCGCUCGCGCCGCCAGGUCUUCACGCUUAGCACGACCAAGGGCGGCGAGAUCGAUAUCAUCUUGGGCGUGAAUGGAUAUAUCUGGAUCGCGAAGCACGUGGAGCCGCCGAACGCAGGCAAGGACGUCAGCAUCACGCGCAUCGAGGAGAGCGUUUCCAAGGAGGUGUAUUCCAGUCAGAACGACGACAUCCCUGUCGAGACGCGGCGGGAGAUUGCGCGCGUCGCGGGCGUUAUUAGGGCGCUGGUAGAGUCGGGGGUCAGGGUGGACGAAGAGACCGUUGUGAAGGGCUAUGAAGCUGCAGUGGAGCUGGAGUUUGAAGACGGGGAGGAGAGCAGGGAAGGCGGAGGCACGGAGUACCUUGGGGGCGAAAGAGGGCGGAAGGUUGUUGAGAUUACCCUGGGUACGUUGGAUUGAGCGAAGUGGAGGUACUACUGCUCUACACGGUUGCUGCGCAGGCGGGCGCAGUUAACGCCACCAUACACUAAGUAGCAGAGAGCCAUGAGCUACGAAAUCAAAAAGGCCAAGACGGAUACCCCGUCCAACAAUUACACAGCAAGAAACUGGGAGGUUUAUUGAUGCUACGGAUUUCUGAGUCAACCCAAAUGUUAGGUUUCUUUGGUGGCGUAGGUUGGGGGACGCCGGCGGUGAUAUACUGAAACAUGUAGGAGAGACAGAGAAGACCUCUCUUGAAGCGGGAUGCAUGUCGGA